UCGCACUAGCCUGCCGACGGCGAGGUGCUGGUGCCCGUGUUUUUUAUGUAUCCGCCGGGAGAGGGGAACGUGCGGUGACAUUUAUUUUCCCUCAUUUGCAAAACAAAAACAUCCUUCCAAGUCAACUGUUAAAUACAGAGAGAAGCCCGCAAAAACAUAUUCAAAUUCGGGGCCAUCAUCAUUCCGCUCCCUCAUCCACGGCUAUUGGUUGCCUUUAUUGUAGGCGAUCAUCAGAAGAAAAUCGUAUAGCGUUCCAGGAUUAGAAAGUACGAGAGGUCGCGUUGAGUGUCAAAACUAUAGCGUUUGUGUGCAUGAACGAUAUCGGUGUAUUUACUGUGUCGAUUUAAAGAUUCAUACAUAAGGGAAAAACGAAUACGGGGAACGUUAUUAAAGCGAGUCAGAGAGAGAAAGAGACGAAUACAGGCAUCACCGACAAUAGUAGGCAUCUACGUUACGUAUCCAAGUGUUUAAAGGGGCGGUGCUCCCAACUUCGACGCCCAUUUGAUAUUCCAUUAGCGGAAUUGCUUCUGAUGGCCUCGCCGUGAUGUGCUCUAGAUCGCCACCACUGUAAAGCAGUUUACUUGCAGCGUGCGCGUGCAUCGCCAACAACAGCACGAAAAAAGAGGGCGCCAUUGUGAGCUUUUGUCGAUCUAUUUUCCGGCCUAGUGCGGCAAAUCAUCCACUAUAUUCGUCUUCAUUCUUCUUCUAAAUUCAUUUCUCACUCUUCGAAAGCAGAAAGAACAAGAUACGAGAGUCGCUUUUUUCUUUUUUGUCACAUCUCCGUUAGUGUAAAAUUAUUUAUUUUUUUUUUCGCCCCCUUAAAGAUUGAACACGAAAUAAUUGAAUCAAAUCCGGCAUCAAUUUUCAUUAUCGAGUCUCUCCUUAACGCUUCUCUGACUCCGCUCAAUCGUUACGCUGGCGGUUUGCACGCAAGAAAGUGUGUGUGUGUGUGUAACGGGCGUAGUGGUCCGUUCAUUGCGCCUUUUCCGCUCCAUUGUGUCAGUGCUAUUUAGUGUGUCGCAACGGCCAACUGCUUGAACCGUCAACUUUGUUGCCGCUCCUUAAAUAUUUACGGCUCUGCUCUGGAAGUGUUCGCCUCUUCAGUUGUUGUGGAUAUUAUUACAUACGUCAUAAACUCGUGAAAGAGACGAAUUUACAAUCUCCAGCAGUUGACACGCACAGCUGAGGAGCCCCAGCUAAACCGCGACAGAAUAUAAACAAAAACAAGAAUCAGUUACAUCACACACAGCCAACCCGCAAAGGAAACGAAGAUCAAGGUUGAAUGCCCUUUUUUUUUAAGGAACUGGUGAACUCUCUGUCACUUGACAUUUGUUUUGAAAAUAAAAUCUUGUUGCCCGGAGAAAGUGAUGAUUUAACAUCCCCAACUCGUUCAAGUGGAAUGAACCAACAAGGAAUAUAAAAAGAAGACUUAGAAAAACAGCAGCAAUGGAAUAGAAAAACCUGUUUGUUUUUUUCCCAACCGAUUUGGAUACAGCGGUGACAAGCAAAACUGAUAAUUAUCUGCAAUUAAAAAAAUAUAUAUUUAAACGAAAAAAAAAAAAAAAAGAGAAAGGAAGAAAAGAAAAAAAAACAUUUAAUGGGAAGAGGCACGGAUUGCGACGGCAUAAGGUAAAGGCCCGUCCCGAUGACGGGGUGUUCUGGCGCCAGUUGUGGAGGCUCAUGUCGUCUACGUCGCCGAUGUCGGCCAGCGCUGGCGGCGGCAACGGUAACAGACGGCGGGGCGUCUUCUCGCUGGGCAAGUGUCGUCUGCCAGUGGUCGGAUCUCCCAACGUCCAGCAACAGCAUCUUAUCGAUAGUAACAAUUCGGGUGGCGGAGUACGGGCCGUCAAGUACACGCCGCGUGGACAUCCAUUGCAACAGCAAGCGGACACGUCAUUACUUCACGGCUACAGUCACGCCAAUUCACGCGACAACGGACAGCAGGACGAUGAAUUGGAAGAGAUUGCCGUCGUUUCCGUCGUCUCGGGCGUCCAAUCCGGCCAGCUCACAUACGGAUCAGCCGGAUCGUCCAUGGCCAACGGACCCAGAGUCGUUCCAGGCAUUAUCACGUCAGCGCGUUUGAUGGAGGACCGACUGAGCGGUUCAGGCACGCGAAUCAACACAGUGGCGUCGAGCAACAGCGGUUUAUUUACAGCGGGAGGCAGUUCGGUUGGGUCUUCUUCGGCCACAGGUGCAACCGGCGGAUCAUCUUUUGUCGGUGGACCUCCGUCCUUGUCCCGGAAUCGGUCCUUCUCCAAGCAUUCACUCUUGGAGAUUGUCAGCAAUCGAAUAAGCGGCUCCGGUGUUGGUGGAACGAGUUCAGCGGAAAGCAGCGGUGGUGGUAUCGGACUGACGAAAAGAUUCUCCCGCGAGUCUUUCUCAGCUGCUUGCGUCAACAAGACGCAACAACCGCCGCAACAACAGCAACUGCUCCAGGCCAAUGAUUCGUUGUCUCCGUCUGCCGGCACGGAAUUACUGGCGUCUUCGACGACGAGGAGAUCGCGAGAUGCCCGUCGUCGUGAUCUGAAGAACAAGUUGAAGCUGGAACGCAACUGGGAUGCCCGCCAACUGGAACUCGGAGGUAAUGGUGCUCAUAACUUUGCGUCAAGUGGAGCUAAUGGUGGUGGUGCAUCGUCAGGACCGAGAAGUGGGUGCAAGUGGACGUUCGUCUUCGAUCCGGCUGGCCGUCUGUGCUACUAUUGGUCGAUGGUUGUCUCGUUGGCCUUCCUCUACAACUUCUGGGUGCUCAUCUACCGCUUUGCCUUCCAGGAGAUCGCCAGCGACACGCUGGUGAUGUGGUUGUGUCUCGACUACUUUUGCGAUUUGGUCUACGUUCUCGACAUUGCCUUCCACUUCCGCACCGGCUAUUUAGAGGAAGGCGUGCUGCAGACGGACGCCAGUAAAUUGCGACAGCACUACAUGAACUCGACGACAUUCUACGUCGAUUGCCUUUGUCUCCUACCGCUUGACUUCCUCUACCUGUCCAUCGGUUUCAAUUCCAUGUUGCGCUGCUUCCGGCUUGUCAAGAUCUAUCGCUUCUGGACGUUUAUGGACCGGACAGAGCGACACACCAACUAUCCGAACGUGUUCCGCUCCAUCAGUCUCGUCCAUUAUCUUUUGGUCAUUUUCCACUGGAACGCUUGUCUCUAUCGCAUCGUCAUGCGCAACAAUAGUUUCGAUCCGUCGCUCAUACGCGAUUAUGGCAUCUGGAUGGGUCAGCCGACUGAUCCCAAUGAUGGCGUAGGUCAAUACCUGCAGAGUUUUUACCUGUGCACGCUGACGCUGACCACCACCGGUGGCGUCUUGAAACCACGCACCAAAGGCGAGCUGCUCUUUGUCAUCAUCCAACUCAUUUUCGGGCUCAUGUUGUUCGCCACUGUUCUCGGUCACGUCUCCAACAUCGUCAUCAACGUCAGCGCAGCGCGCAAGGAAUUUCAGGCCAAACUGGACGCAGUGAAAACCUACAUGCGGAUGCGUCGAGUACCUCGGCACUUGCAAGUGAAAGUCAUCAAGUGGUUCGACUAUUUGUGGUUCACCCAGAAGAGCUCCGAUGAGGAAAAAUCCGUCGGCGGUUUACCCGACAAACUCAAAGCGGAGAUUGCCAUUCACGUUCAUCUGGACACCCUGAAGCGAGUUGAGAUCUUCCAGAACACUGAAGCCGGUUUCCUGUGCGAGCUCGUCCUCCGAUUGAGACCCGUCCUUUUCUCCCCUGGCGAUUACAUCUGUCGAAAAGGGGAGGUCGGUAAAGAAAUGUACAUCGUCAAUCGUGGAAGACUUCAAGUGGUAGCCGACAAUGGACGCACGGUAUUGGCUACUUUGAAAGCUGGCUCCUACUUUGGAGAAAUUAGCAUUCUCAAUAUGGGAACAGCAGGCAAUCGGAGGACGGCCUCCGUUCGUUCGGUUGGCUAUAGCGACCUGUUCGUGCUCUCCAAAAAGGACAUGUGGGAUGUUCUGAAAGAGUAUCCUGCCGCCCGAGUUCGAUUAGAAGCCAUAGCCGUCAAGCGACUGGAAAAGUACAAAAAAGCUCCCCUCGAAAAAGCUGCUUUAGGACGAAGUCAUUCGACGCCCGGUCUCGUCGAGUCCACCGGAAGGGUUCCCCUCGAGCGGAUGGAGCUAACUAACACGCAACCUCUUCAUAUGCCGUCCAAUCCCGAUUCAACCAACAUUUUCAGAUCAAGUGGUGGGUCUUCUUCAUCGACUGGCACUGGUGGUGAGAGCCGCUGCAGCUUCCGCACGAGCCGGAGGAGUUCGGCACUGCAGCAACAACAGCCUCUCCUCACCCCGCAGUUCUUUGGUGAUCCAUCUGCUGGUAGCCUACUGAUGCCACCAGCAUUUUUAGCUUCAGGAGGUGUAGGCAACCGGAGUACUUCCCCCGGAACGUCGCGGGAUUUGGUGGUGUUGGAGCCACCGAUCAUGAAGACUUUACCACCAGCUGAUGCAUUAGUGGCUGAAAUCAACCGGUUACGCGAGAGGUUGUUGAUGCUAGAGUCGGAGAACACGUCACUCAGCGCAAAACUGAACAGACAGCAAUGGGAGGUCGAAAAUCGCCUGGCCGAGAUAGAAAUGCAAAUAUGUGGGGCAGGCAGCCCGGCUGAUAGCGCCACCGAUGACAACGAACGUAAUUUCGAAUCGGCUAUUUAAUCGGGAAAUCCUCGGAUCCUUGUGUGAACUGUGACGAUGAACUAGAUUCCUUCUGGUUGUCUUCGUCACCGUGUUUGUGUAUAAAGAAAGAAAAAGACAUCAACCAAAAACUGAUUCUACAAGAAAACACGUUUCUUCUUCGUUGAUGAUCUCUAUAUAGUGUAAAAGUGACGCCGAAAUUUCUAUGCUAUUACUUCAAGGAUUGCUGUUUAUUUCCCCCUAAGUGCACGAUAGUCGCCACUAAACACCAACAACAAAGAGCAUCAAGCGAGGCAUCCUCAUCCAAUUGUUUGUGGAAGACAUUCUUUUUGCUGGCCGUGUUGAAUUCUAUGUCAGCUCCGGCUUUGUUGCGUUUGAUUUUCGUUGGCACAUGUACUACAAUUCAUGCUAUUUUCCGAAACAGUUAUGAUAGAUUUUCUUCUUGCUUUUGACUCUACACCACUGUUCCUGUUUGACUCCUAGCCUGCCAUUUCUAGGCUCACUCUUUCCUCUUCCUUCAAUAGAUCUUUCAGCUAAAAUUUCCUUUCAAAAUUUGUUAUGAUGCCGGUAUCCAUCCACCGCUCUCAACAUGUAGCGCCAAUCGUCGAGAAUGAAUUCGACAUUGUACAGUUUGCAUUCGAGAUCAUUUUUUCAUCACCAGACCUUUUAAUUCUAUUUGAAAGUUCCAAUGUCACUGUUUCACUCCAUUUAAAUCAAACCACGAAAACAAUGACGAGAAAACAACAGAAUACAAGACCGUUGGAUAAUGUUA